AUAAAUGAGUUCACAUUUAUGUUCUGGUUCCCAGCGCGAGUGUAUCUCUAUCCACGUGGGGCAGGCGGGUGUCCAGAUUGGCAAUGCCUGCUGGGAACUGUACUGCCUUGAACACGGAAUUCAGCCCGAUGGACAAAUGCCAAGUGACAAAACCAUUGGUGGCGGCGAUGACUCCUUCAACACGUUCUUCAGCGAGACAGGGGCUGGCAAGCACGUGCCCAGAGCAGUGUUUGUGGACCUGGAGCCCACUGUAGUGGAUGAAGUGCGCACAGGGACCUAUAGGCAGCUUUUCCACCCAGAGCAGCUGAUCACCGGGAAGGAAGACGCAGCCAAUAAUUAUGCCAGAGGCCAUUACACCAUCGGCAAGGAGAUUGUGGACCUGGUCCUGGACCGGAUCCGCAAACUGGCAGAUCUGUGCACAGGACUGCAGGGCUUCCUCAUCUUCCACAGCUUCGGGGGUGGCACCGGCUCUGGGUUCGCAUCUCUGCUCAUGGAGCGGCUGUCGGUGGACUACGGCAAGAAAUCCAAGCUGGAAUUUGCCAUCUACCCAGCCCCCCAGGUUUCCACGGCCGUGGUGGAGCCCUACAACUCCAUCCUGACCACUCACACGACCCUGGAGCAUUCUGACUGUGCCUUCAUGGUGGACAACGAAGCCAUCUAUGACAUAUGUCGGCGCAACCUGGACAUCGAGCGUCCCACAUACACCAACCUCAACCGUCUGAUUGGGCAGAUCGUGUCUUCCAUCACGGCUUCCUUGCGGUUUGAUGGGGCCCUGAAUGUGGACUUGACAGAAUUCCAGACCAACCUGGUGCCGUACCCCCGCAUCCACUUCCCCCUGGCCACCUACGCCCCAGUCAUCUCAGCCGAAAAGGCCUAUCACGAGCAGCUGUCCGUGGCUGAGAUCACCAAUGCCUGCUUUGAGCCUGCCAAUCAGAUGGUCAAGUGUGAUCCUCGCCAUGGCAAGUACAUGGCCUGCUGCAUGUUGUACAGGGGGGACGUGGUCCCCAAAGAUGUCAACGCGGCCAUCGCCACCAUCAAGACCAAGCGUACCAUCCAGUUUGUGGACUGGUGUCCAACUGGAUUUAAGGUGGGCAUUAACUACCAGCCCCCCACCGUGGUCCCCGGGGGUGACCUGGCCAAGGUGCAGCGGGCCGUGUGCAUGCUGAGCAACACCACCGCCAUCGCGGAGGCCUGGGCACGACUGGAUCACAAGUUCGAUCUCAUGUACGCCAAGCGGGCCUUCGUGCACUGGUACGUGGGAGAAGGAAUGGAGGAGGGGGAGUUCUCAGAGGCCCGCGAGGACUUGGCAGCUCUGGAGAAGGAUUACGAAGAGGUGGGCGUGGAUUCCGUGGAAGCCGAGGCUGAGGAAGGGGAGGAAUACUGAGGGGAAGGCGUGGCAGGUGACCAUCCCUUUGUAUUCUCCCCACCAUAAUGUUACAAGAUAUAUUUACUUAUUAAAAUUUGUGUAUUGAGACAUCAUCUGCCCCUGUGACGUACUCUGACAAAAUUCCUCCUCCACAUAACCUGCCCUUUCCAAGAGGAUUUCUAGGGUAAAACGUCCAUUUGUUUCUUGUCCUAAGUUAAGGGUGUCAGCCGUUCCAGUUGCUGCAAACUUCCAGAAGGCAGGCUUCACAGGGCAGGGCUGCGUGGGGGAGGCUCCUGAAACGCUGAACUUCGGCAGGAC